AUGUCCAUCGUGGAAAAGCUUGCGGACUUUGUGCAGUUUCUGAUAGCCGCCUCUGCAAAAUUUCCUCGGCACGACAUUUUAGAAGCCGUCAGGAUGGCCUCAUCCCCGUCAGUGCCACCCUUGCUCGAUAAUUCCACGCCGGGCCCGAGUGUAGUGCCGAAGAAAAAGCGCAGGAAACGGUCGAAGCGGGUAGAAAUUUCGGCCGUCGCUCCCACUCCCCCCGCCCCUCAGGCUUCUAAACGCCCCAAGCCUGUAAUACUGCACGACGCAGCGAAGUGGGUCACAAUCGUAGAUCUCGUCAAAGAAGGGAAGCUCAACCGCCUCGAGGGCAGAUGCAUUUCUACCGGAAUAAAGGUGUCUCUAAAAACGAUCGACGACCACCGCGCAUUCACCGAGUGGCUCACGGAAAACGACGUCCCGUUUCACACGUACCCGCAAGUGCGCGAGCGCGUCCUGCGCGUGGUCAUCAAGCGCGUCCCCGUAGAGCUCGACGCGGUGCACGUCAAGGUGGACCUGAUUAUGCGGGGCCUGCCCGUCCUGCACGUGCAUCGCAUGCACAACCCUAGAACGAAGAAACCGUGCGACAUGGUCCUGUGCCAGCUGCCGCUCUCCUCGGAGGGCAGGAGGAUAUUCGACGUCGGCACGGUGUGCGAGCGGUCCGACAUCGCGGUGGAGGCGGCGCGCGUGCGCAUGGCGCCGACGCAGUGCCACCGCUGCCAGCGGUACGGGCACGCGGCGCGCGGCUGCCGCGGCGGGCCGCGCUGCGUGCGCUGCGCCGGCGACCAUUCGAGCGCAGAUUGCCCCCGCCCGCGCUCCGAGCCGGCCAGCUGCGUGCUGUGCGGCGCGCAGGGCCACUCGGCCAGCUACCGCGGCUGCCCGAAGGCGCCGCGCAGCCGCCGCCCCGCCCCCACCAACCCGCGCCCUCCCUACGACCCCGAGCAGUCGCUACAGGACGACCAUGAGGUGUGGCAUGUGUAUGAAAAAUUGCGACCAUUGUUUGACAUGAUCGAGACGCACAGCAGUCCGCUAAAGAUCGUUCGAGAAAACCUCGAAUUGUGCAACAGCAUUAUAAAUUCGUAUAAAAACAUUGCUACAGCUUUUGUGGAACGUGUACCGGACAUUCGCAACACUGGAGUCAACAUUCAGAUGCCAGAGUACGGAAUGAGAGACCAGGUGGCAGCGCCGAUUAGGGUUCAACGAAACAUCCCCUCAAUCGGCGGGGACCCUGGCGGAUACGCCGCAGUGCUAUCGGCGUGGCUCUGCUUCUACUCUCGCCCGUGUCCAGUUGUUGUUCGAAACCAAUCUGUGGUUCUUGCGACGGAGCGUUCGGGCGCGUCCCUAGCGCUGACUGGAUUCGGAGUGAACAAUUGGCUGUUCUAUCGCCCGUCCUCCAGGUCGAGGAGUUGCCUGGACACUGGUGACCGGCUGCCCCACUGCCAACUCUUGGCUACCCUGGAUUGCUUGAGGGUGUCCUGGAAGCAGCUGGUCUGG